UUGAAAUUGCUGAUUUGAAUUAUCUUAAUGUUAGAAGUUUAAUCACAGUAUUGACUUGACUCGAAAAUGACUGCUCCGUUCAGGUAUAAACUUGGGUUAUCGGUAAACAAACUUCGAGGUGUAAUAUCCAUGAAUUCUUCUAUCAGAUCAUUUUCUGAAAAUAGCUCAUCAGAUCUUGUAAUUGUUACUAAGCAAAAAAGACUACACCUAAUUGGAAUUAACCGUCCAGAGAAAAGGAAUUGCAUUGAUGAUGAAACAGCCACACAGUUAAGACAAGCAUUUGAUAAUUUUGAAAAGGAUGAGGAUGCUUAUGCUGCUGUUUUAUUUGGAAAAGGUGGUAAUUUUUGUGCAGGCUAUGAUUUAAAGGAAGUUGCAAAAGGAAACUUUUAUGGUAUUUGCAGUGAACAUGGUCCUAUGGGUCCGACAAAGAAACUUCUAAAGAAACCAGUUGUUGCUGCUAUAAAUGGAUAUGCAGUGGCUGGAGGUUUUGAACUGGCAUUGUGGUGUGAUCUUCGUGUUGUUGAGGAUAAUGCUGUGAUGGGUUUCUUUAACAGGAGGUUUGGAGUUCCUAUUGUUAAUGGUUCAACAGCAAGGCUUCCACAUCUUAUAGGUCUGUCUCGUGCUCUUGAUUUGAUACUUACAGGACGGGCUAUAAAUGCUAAGGAAGCAUAUGAAAUGGGACUUGCCACAAAAGUUACAGCCUGUGGAACAGGAAUUGGUAAUGCAAUUAAUUUGGCAAAUAGUCUUUGUAAAUUUCCUCAAGAAUGUUUACGUGCAGAUAGAUAUUCAGCAUAUCAUGCAGCAUACAAUUCACCUUCAUUAGAAGAAGCCUUAAAAUUUGAAUUUAAAAACUCUGCUCCAGUGUUGGCCAAAGAAUCAGUAAAAGGAGCAGAAACGUUUAUGCAAGGUGUAGGAAGGCAUGGCAAAUUUCACUUAGAUGCUGCAAAAGAUGAAGAUGAAUGAUGCAGAUAUAGAUUUUUAGUAACUUUUGUGAUAGAACAAAUAAUUGUAAAUAUUUGUAAUCAUUGUGUCAUUUUAUUGCAGUUAUAAAAUUUUUUUGUUAAAAAUAAAAGAUAUUUUUGAAAUUAUAGGCGUAAAAUUGUGUACCUUAAUAAAUAAAAAGAAUUUGU